AUGGAAGUUUGUAAUAUGAUAGGGUGGAAUGUGAGGGGUAUGAAUAAAAGAGAUAAGCAAAAUGCUAUUCUUAGUAUUUGCAAGGAAAAUAAGGUUGGUUUUGGUGCUCUUUUUGAGACUAAGGUGAAACAUGAGAAGAUUCAUGAAGUUUUUGAAAAUAAUUUCCACAAUUGGGAUUACUUUUCUAGUCCUAUCACAUCUGGUAGAAUUUUGGUUUUUUGGCAAGAAAAGUUUGUGACGGUUGACAUCUUGCUAGAAGAUCCUCAACUGGUGCAUUGUAAGAUUAGAGUGAGUGGCCACCAGAAGUUGUUUUUUGCCACGGUGGUUUAUGGUAGUAACUCUAUGGGGGAGAGGAAAAAAUUAUGGGACAAGUUAGCUAGUAUUGGUCAGCUGAAUUAUCCUUGGAUUAUUUUUGGAGACUUUAAUGCUAUGUUUAGCUACCAAGAUAGGAAUGGUGGGAGACAAAUCCUAGCAAAGGAUAUUGCUGAUGCUCAAGACAGGUUGGCUUCAGGCCAAGUUGAGGAAUUUAAAUGUUCUGGUGCUCUCUAUACUUGGUCGAACAAACAUGAAGUAGGAGACCGAAUUUUCUCAAAGUUAGAUAGAGUUUUCACUAAUGAUUUUUGGCUGGAUUCUUUCCCAAAAACUGAAGCAAGCUUCAAAUGGGACUGUAUCUCAGAUCAUAGUUACUAUGUGAUUAGAAGUCAAGAAGUUAACAAGGUGGGGUUCAUUCCUUUUCGUUACGGUAACCAUUGGUUGCAUUAUAAAGGUUACAGAGAAACUAUUUUACAAUGUUGGAAUGCUACUGUUGGUUCGGGAAGAGGUCUUAGGAAGGUGGUUCAGAAACUGUUUAGAGUUAAACAUGUUUUGAAAAGGUUUAACAGGGAAGAGGUUGGAGAUGUAGUGUUGAAUUAUAGGGAAGCUAAGGAGGAGUUCUGUAAAGCUCAGGAGGCCUUGGCGGCUAAUCCCUCUGAUCAUUCUCUGCAUUAA